AUGACCCUAAGGGAGCUUCUUCUUACGCUCGUUUGCGAGGCUCUGAGUGUUGAACCAUCAGUUUGCGAGGCUCUGGGUGUUGAACCAUCAGUUUGCGAGGCUCUGAGUGCUGAACCAUCGGUUUGCGAGGCUCUGAGUGUUGAACCAUCAGUUUGCGAGGCUCUGAGUGCUGAACCAUCAGUUUGCGAGGCUCUGAGUGCUAAACCAUCAGUUUGCGAGGCUCUGAGUGCUGAACCAUCAGUUUGCGAGGCUCUGAGUGCUGAACCAUCAGUUUGCGAGGCUCUGAGUGUUGAACCAUCAGUUUGCGAGGCUCUGAGUGUUGAACCAAAAGUUUGCGAGGCUCUGAGUGCUGAACCAUCAGUUUGCGAGGCUCUGAGUGUUGAACCAUCAGUUUGCGAGGCUCUGAGUGUUGAACCAUCAGUUUUUUGCGAGGCUCUGAGUGCUGAACCAUCAGUUUGCGAGGCUCUGAGUGUUGAACCAUCAGUUUGCGAGGCUCUGAGUGCUGAACCAUCAGUUUGCGAGGCUCUGAGUGUUGAACCAUCAGUUUGCGAGGCUCUGAGUGUUGAACCAUCAGUUUGCGAGGCUCUGAGUGUUGAACCAUCAGUUUGCGAGGCUCUGAGUGCUGAACCAUCAGUUUGCGAGGCUCUUAGUGUUGAACCAUCAGUUUGCGAGGCUCUGAGUGCUGAACCAUCAGUUUGCGAGGCUCUGAGUGUUGAACAAUCAGUUUGCGAGGCUCUGAGUGUUGAACCAUCAGUUUGCGAGGCUCUGAGUGCUGAACCAUCAGUUUGCGAGGCUCUGAGUGCUGAACCAUCAGUUUGCGAGGCUCUGAGUGUUGAACCAUCAGUUUGCGAGGCUCUGAGUGCUGAACCAUCAGUUUAG